AUGCCGUUUCUAAAAAAGAUUGCACUUUACAUCAAAGACCUCCAUGCCAAGCACAAUGGUUAUGAUCAUGAUGAAAAUGAACCAUUCUUGGUGGAUCCAACGCAUCUGGAAAUGCUCACAUCGCUUCCUUUACCCCAACUACGAACCCUGAGAUACGAGUGUUGGGGUCUACAGCUUACAGUAUUGAAGGGUCUACUUUCCCAUCUUGGCGACCAACUACAACGGCUCAAUGUCAGAGUGAUUUACGAAGAUGAUGGCCUUGAUAAGCCGCCCUGUUUUUGCAUGCUCUUUCGCUAUUGUCCGCAGCUGAAGCAUUUGUCAUACAUUACCCUUCCAAUCGAUAUGCAAAUGUGCAUCCAUUGUUCACAACAGCAGGUCGUCUAUCCCUUGGAAUCAUUGGAACUUGAGCGGCAUGAAUUCCCGAUGACAAAGAUAUUACCCUUAUUACAUCAAUGUCCUCAGCUGCGUCGCCUAUGCUUGAGCACACAUAGGAAAUGGGAUAUCGAUUUCUUACGCAUUCUCAAUACAUGUCCAAAAUUGCAGUCGUUGGAAGUUGUUUGCAACAUUGAAGCGAGAAACCGAGAAAGGGAUCGACUCUUUUGGUGUGGGAAGCACCUUAUCCCAUGCAACAACAACAACAUCCAUCAUUCAUCGACGACGAGUGGAUUACUCAAUCUCAUUCUCACCAACCUUCACGACGCCAAUCAAUUGUAUGCAUUGAAUACGAUUGUUAAUCUUCAUCAUCAAACAAUCCUGCACAUUGAGGUAGCGUUUCACCAUGAGUACACGAUGAAUCCCGGCGGAAACCAUGAUUCUAUCCAUGUUGCACCACCCAAUCUCGAAAAGCUCGAUUUUCAUUUUUGUGAUUUCCAGUACACCAGUGAUGACUUGGCGUGUCUCAUUCGCCCAUACCUUGAUCAGUGUAGCCGAUUAACAUGGGUAUCUCUCAAGACUCACUUGUCAAACUAUCUCACACCAUUACCCCGUUGGGCUUUUGUGGCACUCGCACAACUAUCCCAUUUACGACACCUUCACAUCCAAAUGCCCAAUGAUACAAAUGACAUGGUUUACUUUUUGGAUACGAUCAAAUCCCACAGCAACACAAGAUUGGAAUCUCUUUUCUAUGAUGGUGAUUGGGUGUCGAACAUGGACGUGAUACGCUUAAUGGCCGAGCUACCUUCCUUGCGGUCCUUAGCAUUGAGUCUACCAGGAAGCAUUGAUCAUGUACCACCAAAAGCAAUGAUUGAUUGCUUGCAACUUUUACAACACGCCCCACGUAUUCAAUCGCUUUCAUUCACAAAUGUCAACGGCUUUGGUUCUCAACACGUGUUCCGGAACAUGGGUCUCAUGCCACAUCUCCAACAACUUUAUAUCGUUACAUACACUUCAACCAGCAAGGAAGGGAUCCGGCAUAUUGCAGAUAGAGAACCGCCCUUGAAAAGACUUGUGGUGCUCGAAUUGUCGGAUAGUGACGCGAAUUGGCAGGGUGGUGAUGAUUUCGAGGAUGCAUUAGAAUACGCUCGCACAAAGAUUGAGAUCGUAGAAGGACAACAUGAUUGCGGUGCAUGUUGCCGAGAGAGGAAUAGUGGAAUGGCUUCUCACUUUUAUGGCUUGUAA